AUGGGAAAGGUAGCCACUGCCAUUGUUGGUUUGAAGGAGCGAACUUGGGUUGAGGUUCUUGCUGAUAAGGUUUUUGGUUUUCAAGAUAUUUCCAUAGAUGAUCUUGAACUGGUUUUCGAUGAAUAUUACAAGAAUGAAGUUGAAGCGAAGGCUUUUAUGGUAUUGCCUGAACCAAUACAAAGAAAGAGGAUUCUUAAUGUGUUGGAGAGGAUUGAUUUGUCUUUUGCUGAUGCUCCCUUGCUAUCCUCAAUGUUGCGUAUCAUACCCUUUGAUGCGAAAAUGACAUUAUUGGAGCCUCAAGCGAGGCACCGCCGACGGAGCCAACGGUUGAUGAUAAAGAAGAAGAUCAACAUCCUCCUAAAAUUCAAAAGGUCAAGGAUACCGUAUCUUAUGAUCCAGGAUUACGUCAAGCAAUAUGGAAAUAUCCCUAAAAUUCAAAAGGUCAAGGAUACCGUAUCUUAUGAUCCAGGAUUACGUCAAGCAAUAUGGAAAUAUCCAUAUAAAGAACAAGAUGAGCAUGUCAAGGAUGUGCUCUUCGAGGGCAUUCUUCGAGGGCAUGACGAAUCUCUUGAUUCAGCAAAUCGUGGAAACUUUAUUGAAUUGCUCAAAUAUAGUGCAACUCUUAAUGUGCAAGUUGCAGAGGUUAUCUUAGAAAAUGCUCCCGGGAAUGCUAGUUAUACUUCACCGAUGGUUCAAAAUCAGAUUAUGGAAAUUAUGGGUGACUUGGUGAGGAAAAAGAUUUGUGAAGAAAUUGGUGACUUUAAGUUUUGUAUUUUAGUUGAUGAAUCUCGAGAUGAAUCCAAUUGUGAGCAAAUGGCUAUCGUGUUAAGAUUUGUUGAUGCAGAUGGUUUUAUUAGAGAGAGGUUUUUUGAUGUAAUAGGGGUUGAAGACACUACCGCACAAACUCUCAAAAAGAUGUGUUCACUUAUACUUGAUCGUAAUGGAUUGCUUGUACAGAAUAUAAGAGGACAAGGUUAUGAUGGGGCUAGCAAUAUGCGAGGUGCAUGGAGUGGGUUACAAAGUUUAUUUUUGCAAGAAUGUCCAUAUGCAUACUAUGUUCAUUGCUUUGCCCACCGCUUACAACUUGCAUUAGUUGCAGCACCAGGGGAAUUAUCUAUCAUUGAGUUAUUCUUUCAGAUGUUAAAUUGCAUUGUGAAUUUGGUUCGUGUUUCGCCUAAGCGGAAUCAACAACUAAGAGCUGCACAAAGGGAAGAAGUUAAAAAUUUGAUGGAAAGAGGUGAAUUACAAACAAGUACGGGAGGUAAUCAGCAUACUACUUUGAGUCGACCUGCUUCUACUCGUUGGGGCUCACACUAUUCUUCUGCUUGUAGUUUGCUUGGUUUGUAUAAACCUGUGUGGAAAGUUCUUGGUAUUAUAAAGACAGAUGGGUUGAAUAGAAAAAUUCGUGCAGAAGCUAGUGGUGGGUUUACUACAAUGGGUUCAUUUGACUUUGUUUUUAACUUACACUUAAUGGUUGAAAUAAUGGGAGUAACAGAAGUACUUUGUCAAUCACUGCAAAGAAAGGAUCAUGAUAUUUUAACUGGUAUGGAUUCUAUCUCUAUUACAAAAACUCUUCUCUGUGAGUUGAAAGGUGAUGACAAAUGGCAAAAUUUUCUACACUCUGUAGUAUCCUUUUGUAUGAAACAUGAAAUUGAUAUACCCGAUAUGAGUUCUCGUUAUGUGAAGGGCACAGGUCGUUCUUGUCAGCAGAGUGAUGAAAUUACAAUUGAGCAUCAUUAUCGCUUUGAUAUAUUAUAUGAAGUUGUUAACACACAAGUGAUGGAGUUAAGUGAAAGAUUCUCCGAUAGAGCAGUAGAACUUCUAAGUCUUAGCUCUGCUUUGGAUCCAAAAGAUUCUUUCAAAUCAUUUAAAGUUGAUCUUUGCAUGCUUGCGAAGAAAUAUUAUCCCCAAGAUUUCAGUGAAAUGGAGAUUAAUUAUCAGCUGAGGCAUCAAUUGCAACAUUAUGAGCAUGAUAUGCAGUGUGAUCCUGAUUUUCAAAAUAUUACUACACUCUCAGGAUUAUGCCAAAAGUUGGUAAGUAAAGGAAAAUCCAAAAGGUAUCCUCUUAUUGAUAGGUUGAUUCGGCUAGUGUUGACUCUUCCUGUUUCGAUUGCAAGCACGGAAAGAGCAUUUUCGGCAAUGAAACUCAUAAAAAACAUCAUUGCGCAACAAGAUAGGAGAUGA